CGCCGACAAUAGCAUACUUUUGAAGCUUUUUUGCAGACCGCUCGCCUAAUGUCCGAUUGGCAAUGACACAAUUGAGUCAUUGCAAUAUGUGGUGCGCUAUUUGCGGAGGACCAGUCGCUUCAUACAACAUAACAUCCCAUUACAAUCGCCCAGAGGAUUGUUACAAGUAUGAUCCAGAUGUUAUCGACCCAGCUGACGUCGAGUGGACAAAUCAAACCCAAAUCUUGGGCUAUAAUCCUUCACCUGCUGCAAACUCAAAGUUCUAUGUAUCUGGGCCAGCUAGAAUUCAUCGGUUCUUGAGCUUGUCUUCUGAAGCGCGACAAGAUCCCACCCUUGAAGGUAUUGACGUGCGUUCUCUGAGAGUCUACAAGAACGAGAAAUGUCGUGAACGAGUGAUUCCCUUCCACCCGGAAUGCUACGAGCAUUGGCAUGGUAUUUGACUGGGACUCCUGAUACUACUAAGAUCAGCAAAGGGGCACUCUAUAGAGCUUUCGACCGAUUCUCAGUUGUUAGAAAGAUCCGACCACCAGAGCUAAGGUGUCUUUGCCUGGAUUAUGGGGAUAUCAAUGAAGCUCAGAGUUAAUACUGGAUAUGCAUUCCUGGGAGA